AUGUCGCACACACGUUUCGAGUCGGUUACAGAUAGCCCACGGUCCAGGAGCGAUCCGAACCUAAUCUUUUAUCUUCCAUUACUGUUACAGGCAGCGUGUGAAGAGCUGAGGGCUAGCAGAUUGUUCAACAAGAUCUUGGAUGACGUCUUGAAGACCGGUAACCGGAUGAACACCGGCACAAACCGCGGGAAUGCGCACGCCUUCAAGCUUGACGCACUCCUCAAGUUGGUCGAUGUAAAGAUGAUCCUCUUGCACUUCGUCAUCGAAGAGAUCACCAAGUCUGAAGGUGCCAACAUUGUGGCCACUGGCCAAACGGGCAGCCAAGGGAGCGUCAUUGCUGAUGAUUUCCAGUGCAAGACGGUCAGACUCAAAAUCGUGGCUAGCCUUGGCGGUGAGCUCAACAAUGUCAAGAAGGCAGCUGGAAUGGAUUCUGACUCGCUAGCCAGCAACGUCUCGAAAGUCUUAGCCGGUGUAAGCAAGAUCAGUGAGGUCGUGCAGCUGAACCAACAGCUCGGUUCGGACGAUAGCUGCAAUAGGUUCCGCGCUUCCAUGGGCGAAUUCCUGCAGAAGACUGAAGCCGAGAUUACCGCGGUGCAGGAUCAAGAGGGCCUUGCCCUUUCCCUCGUCAGGGAGACAACCGAGUUCUUCCAUGGCAACUCUACGAAGGAGGAAGGCCACCCUCUGAGGAUCUUCAUAGUGGUCCGUUACUUCCUUACUAUUCUUGAUCGCGUCUGCAAGGACGUUAGCAGGCUGAAUGAACAAACCGCGAAAGUGGGCUUCAGCUCUUCGCGGCACAUGGAGAAUGCUGCUGUUCCUCCAAGGUUUAACGCGGUGCAGUCCAGUAGCUCCGAGAAUGAGAGUUCAUCCUCGUAGGCCAACUAAAAGAAUAAAAUAAUUUCAUUGAAGUAAGAAGUCCCCCAGAUGGGUCGACUUCUUACUUCAAUUAGUCCCCGUGUUCUUCGAAUGGAUCUCGUAAUUGUU